UUUGAUUUUGUCCUACUUCCUUACCCUUCUAUUUGUAGUAAACGUAGCUAUGGAAGAAAACCCAUUAAUGGAUUUAUUCUUCAUGUUAGUAAUAAUAUUUUAUGGCCUUUAUUCUCUAAAGUUGUCAUUUAUAUAUUUACGUAACAAGAAAGGAUCUUUUAAUUUUAAAUUACCUACUUCAAUUAAAAUUAAUUUUCAAAUUAAUUUGAAAUCCGAUGAAGAAAAGAAUAAAGUUAUCGAAGAAAAAUUGGAAGAAGGAGACGAAAAGAAGGAAGAAAAUGAUGAGAAGAAAGAGAAGAAUGAGAAAUAG